AUGAAGAAAAUUUCCCAUCUCUUCGCCUUCACAGCUCUCCUCUUCCUAUGUCUUCUAUCUCCCCUCCCCCGCACAACCGCUGGUGACCUUCGAUCAGACAGAAAGGCACUUCUCAACUUCGGCACAUCAGUUCCACACACCCGCAGGCUCAAUUGGACGUCCAAUGGCAGCCCUUGCAACUCAUGGAUCGGCAUCACUUGCGCCCGAGUCGACUCCUUAACCCGAGUAAUCGCGGUUCGCCUCCCUGCCGUCGGCCUCUACGGUUCGUUUCCCGCCAACACCAUUGGCAACUUGGACGCCCUCAUCACCCUCAGUCUCCGAUCCAACCAACUCGCCGGCGAUCUCCCUCCCGACGUGCUCUCUCUGCCUUCUCUCCGCCACAUUUACCUUCAGCACAACAAUUUCUCGGGGACCAUUCCUUCCUCCUUAUCACCCAACCUCGUGGCACUCGACCUCUCCUUCAAUUCUCUCACCGGCGACAUCCCGAAAACACUGCAAAACUCCACGCAACUCACUAGGCUGAAGCUGCAGAGCAAUGGCCUCACUGGGAAUAUACCUUCUGCUCUCAAUGUCACUCAGCUGCAACAGCUGAAUGUUAGCUACAAUCAAUUGAACGGCUCGAUUCCUUCAACGCUCCAAACCUUUCCUUCUUCUUCCUUCGUAGGGAACAAUGAGCUCUGUGGGCCACCUCUUAAGAAACAGUGUCCUAAUCUCGCACCUUCUCCUUCACCUUCCCCUGCCCCUUCCCCUGUUCAUUUACCGCCGCGAACCCGUCCUACAGUCCCUCAACGUAGAAAAGGCGUCACAAAAUCGAAGAAGCUCAGUGGAGGAUCGGUGGCCGCGAUCGCUGUCAGCUCGGUGGGGGGAUUCUUUCUAGCCAUGGCUGUGUUGGUGUGCUUUUUGAAGAAGAAGCAAAGGAAGCCUGAAGAAGGUGUAGGAGGAGUCAAUGGUAGGGCGAAAGGGAAAGGCGAUGAGAAGCCAAAUGAAGGUUAUGGGAGCGGUGUGCAGGAAGGAGAGAAGAACAAGCUGGUGUUCUUCAAUGGGUAUGCUCAAAGUUAUGAUCUUGAGGAUUUGUUGAGAGCUUCUGCUGAAGUUCUGGGGAAGGGUAGGUAUGGAACGAGCUACAAGGCCGUUUUGGAAGACGGCACGGCCGUGGUCGUGAAGAGGCUGAAGGAACUCGUUGUUGGGAAGAGAGAGUUCGAGCUUCAAAUGGAGAUUGUGGGGAAAAUGAGCCAUCACCCGAAUGUUCUGCCUCUGCGUGCCUAUUACUAUUCCAGGGAUGAGAAGCUUCUGGUGUUUAAUUACUUCCCCUUUGGCAACUUUUCCUCCCUUUUGCACGGAAACAAAGGGUUUGGAGGAAAUGAGGUGGACUGGGAAACCAGAGUGAACAUUUGCCUCGGAGCUGCUAGAGGGAUCGCACACAUCCACUGCUGGUGCCAAUGGCGACAAGCUGGUCCACGGCAACAUAAAGUCGUCAAAUGUGCUAAUUACAUUAGAACACCAGGGAUGCAUCUCGGAUUAUGGAUUGGCAGCCAUGAUGAGCUAUCCAGUUCUCCCAACGAGGAGCUCCGACGGCUACCAGGCUCCUGAGGUGAUUAGUAUGAGGAAGUGUACUCAGGAGUCUGACGUGUACAGCUUUGGGGUGUUGUUGCUAGAGAUGCUUACCGGGAAAGAUGCGGCGGCAGCGGUGGAGGUACGAUCGGGAAAGGCAGCGGAGCAGGCGGUUGAUCUGCCGAGGUGGGUGCAGUCUGUGGUGCGGGAGGAAUGGACGGCAGAGGUGUUUGAUGCUGGUUUGACGAGGUUCAAGAAUGUAGAGGAGGAGAUGGUUCAAAUGCUUCAGAUUGCGUUAUCUUGUGUGGCUAAGUUGCCGGAGACUAGACCAUCCAUGGAGCAAGUGGUGCGGCUGAUCGAGGAUCUCCGACCAUCGCCUUACUCUGCCACCCCUUCGCCGUCCCCUUCAGUGGUCUCGAUGUCCUUCUCUGCCGCUUCCACCUCUGACUACAGGAACGAAAGGUGAUGCAUACAGCACACAUUGAUACAACCAUGAACAUUGAGUAUCCAUACUAGUAGUAUGAAGUAAUAGCAGCUGAACAAAAGGAACUUACUAGUUACCGAUUACUACUGCUUCACUGUCAUUUUGGUAUACUAUGCUUCUAUCCUAUAGAGUUAUCAUUUCUUCAUACACAUUCUUCUGCCUUUAGAGUCAUCUUCACACACAUUCUUAGUAUUACUCAUCUU